UGGUAGCGAUAUGGUAAGUAGAAUUUUAUUAAACAAUCUUUUGUUAGAUGAUUGAUCCUGAUACGUAGCCUUCCCUCAAUAAAGCUUAAUGUAAGGCUAGAGCAACUAACUUGCAAGUCAGGAAUCUAAGAUUCGCUUAUUUUGAUUUUAAAACUAGUUCUGGCAGCACAGUGCCCUGCUGGAACAGACACCUCCAUGAAGGUAAAAAGUUAUGCUUUCAGAUACAAUACUUUCACAAAUAUUGAUGUUGUCAAUGGGAUCUCAUGUCCAGAUAAUUCAUGAGUCUUUCUUACUUCAAAUGGUUUCAAAAAUAGCUGGGACAGAGUCAGUCUCUUCAGGUUUGACUCCAGCCUCAACAUGGUGUGGGAGUUCAACCUUGAUGAUAACAUUGCUAAGAACGGAAUUGCUUUGCACUCAUCAGGGUCUAACUUGGUCUUGGUGACUCAGUCAACAGCUGAGUGUCUUCUUGUCAAGCUCGACAGUGCAACCAGAUCCAUUGUUGAGCAACUCAAAAUUGGAAGUGCUACUGAUUGAGACUCUCUAACAUUCUCUGAUGACUACUCCAGUAUCUAUGUUUCAGGCAAAGUUUCUUCGAGUCCUCAUGUGUUUAAAAUUGGAUAUGCGGAUUUUGGAACUACUUCCAUUACUUCGAUCCCAAUCGGUAUGGAUUCUGUGUACUCUAUCCACUCAUAUGUGAACUCAGGACAAGAACUCGUGAUGAUCAGUGGUGCAGUGACAAGUCCCACUCAAUCUUACAGCUUGGUGUCAGUCAACUAUGACACAGCCACUCAACAAUGGGCCAAGAAGUUAGACUGUCCUACUUCAUGAGUGUUGACUGGAACCAAUGAAGCAUUGGUUUUAGAAUCUGAUAACAAAAUCGUCAGCUAUUUCUUAGAUACAAAGCCUAUCAUUUAUGUGAGCAACCUUGCAGAUGGAGCUCUUGUGGGAUCCUACGUUCCAGACUUCACCCAGAGCAACCUUGAAAUUAGUAGCAUCGCUUACUCAGCUUCGUUCAGCAAAGUGUUUGUGCUGAUGAAGUAUGAUUCUGGAGCAUACAAACUCGAGUAUGAUCCUGCAAUUGGUUCAUUCUCGAAUGCUUAUGUGAGUACUGCAAUCAGACCAGGAUGGAUCCUUGAAGCUGGAGGCCACACUUUGAUCGGGUCUGGAGUUCAUAGUGAUGCUGAUGUCAUGGGAGUGUCUCGACUUGCUUCUAAUGGAGAAACUGGGAUCAAUACUGAUGUUGCAUUUACUUCUACAUCAAAUUCAUUUGUUGUAUCAUCUGGGUAUCCUUACUCUAACGAUGCCACAUCAUUUGUUUCUGCAGCUCCUGGAACUGUAACUAAAGCAACCUCCAAUGUUGGAAUAAACAAUUUGCCAUCCACAAAAAUUUCCAACACUCUGGAUUUCGAGUCUGAAGUGGUAUUUAAAACAAAAAACUAUGUGUUGGAUACAUCUGUAGGAGCCACCGGAAACAUUCCAAAUUUCUUUCCAUGCUCGAUCAGUGGAUCAACUUCAAUAAGUUCUGUGAUUGAUCCCCAUUCAAAUGGCCAGCCUAAGCCUUCGUGGAUAACUAUUGGGGGUGACUUGCUUUCAUUUGAUUAUGCUGUUCCGUCUUCAGCAGGAGGACAGACAUUUUAUUUCACUGGUAAGAGCACUGUUGAUGGGCAGACAUAUUUACAAGAUGUUCAGAUUAAUGUGGCCACUAACUCAAACCCUUCACCAAGCCCUCCACCAAACCCUUCACCAAACCCAUCACCAACUCCUUCGAUUCCAAGUUCCUCUUCUUCCUUCCCUUCAACUUGUGGAAUCUCAAACUGUAAGACUUGAAGUUCGUCUGAAUGUACUGCUUGUCAGGAUGGCUACAUAUUGACCAGUUCACAAACCUGAGAAGUCGUGGAUGGAAGUCUCAAUUUAAAUUCUUCGCUAGUCAUUGCUGGCUUUGCAGGUGCAAUGACUACAACCACAUUAUCAGGAGUAUUGUUUCAAUCAUCGUCUCAAAACAUGUGGGCUAUGCUAAACCAAUACCAACUGUUUAUGGUGAUUCCAUUUCUGAGAUCUGAUCUGCCUCUCGACUUCAGAAAGACCAUCAAAGCUCUUCAGACCAGCAUCCUCAACAUCAACAUUCUGAAUACAAAAAGCCUCCCAGGGUUCCAGAGCAUCAUCGAGCAACUGGAUUAUGAGAACCCGUACACAGAGUUCAGAGAUAACGAGUAUGAAUCAGGGAGUGCCUUCGUCAACUGAUUCGAUCUGAUUGUCACUCUGGUUGGCUCGGCGAUUUUAGGGCUGUGAAUGCACCUUGCUUUAAAGCUCGUUUGAACCCGAAAAAACAGUGGAUUCCAAUCAAAAUUCUACAGCUAUUUCGUAUCUUUGUUUUAUUUCAAACUAUAUUUGAGAUUUUUCUUGGAAAGCUUUUUGUUUGUCUGCCUGGUCUGCAUGAGCGAAGUAUUCAGAGCUGAUAAAAUCACUGCUAGCCCACUCUCAUAUUACAUCAGUCUCGGAAUCAUAAUAAUCCUUCUCUUAUUAAUGCUACUUGUAGUUAUUUUGUUCUGCAUGUUAUUAAAGCCUCAUGAAAAUAAAUAUGUCAAGGAACUCUUUGAAGGAUUCAAAAUCAAUAAUCUUGCUCAACUCCAGAACUUCACAUUCCUUACCAGAAGAUUCCUCGUAGUUACAAUUAUUGUAAUGAUGAGGUCAGCUCCACUAAUGUCAAAGUUAUUUAUUUAUGCAUUACUUCAAUUAGCUUCACUGAUGUUGACAGUGAUUGUCCGUCCUCACGACGAAAAGUGAUCUAACAUCAUUGAGAUUGUCAAUGAAGUUACCUACUUUUGAACGAUGGUUCUGGUAUUUUGUACCCAAAAAAUCGACUCUAUCAUACUUGAUGAACUGCUGAAUAACUCGAUUGUUUGCAACACAGCCAUAAUCGCUAUAAUAAGUGCCAUAAAUCUGGUUUACGAAUCUGUGAAGUACAUCUAUUCGAAGAGGGAGAGGAAGAGGGUGCAACCUCUCACCAAGAGAGUCACUGUGCAUAGCAGCAAGUAUUUGAAUACCAUCCAGAAAGACCUGAAUGCCUCCAUAUCAAUGAACCAACAUGAGGACAUGAGACCGCAGAAUGUCGACACUACUAAAGAUACCAGCAAAGAAUUUGAAAUCAGCCCUGAACGCAAGCUUCAGCCCAGAGAGGUUGCAGUUCCAUACCGCAUGUUCAAGAAAUCCAAGUUUGCUAAACCUAAAAUAGUUGCAAUGAAUUAGAAAGACAUCAUGCCUGGUCUGGACACCCCAGAAGAUAAGAUUUUAUAAAUAUAAAACUUAU